CAGACAGAAGUGCAUGGUACGGUGUGCGUGUGUUGGGAAGUCAUUGAGAAGGGGGUAUAGAUGUACGUGUAGCAUGUGAAUUGGAGUAAAAGGCUGUAUUGUCUUGGUUUCGAAACAGGAUUCGUUGCGUGAUUAAGUUGGUAUUGAUGAGAUUCAGUACAUCGGCGGAGGAAGAUGAAUUUUGUUGCGCUUACCGCCUUUGUUUACUGCCUUGUUCUUGGAGCAGGAACUACUGCCAAGGAAAAGAAAUCAAAGUCGGUAACGACAUUAAUAGAUGCUAAAUGGGAAAUAACUCCCCUUGUCCUGGAAGUCGCGGAAUAUUUGGCCGACGAAAAUGUGGCAUAUAUGUGGGAAUUUAUCGAUUCCAUUUGUGGAAUGGAUUUGCCUCUUUCAGAUAUCAAAAUGGAUAAGACUCGCCAUGAAACAAUACUGUCAAAAGCUGCAGAGUUGGUCACACCAUCCCAAAUAUCAGUUCUGAAAUUAGCUCUUGCACUACAUACGUAUUCUCCAAAAGUGGAAAUGUAUACUCAGAUGGCCAUGGAAAGAGGACUGCUUUCUACCGACUGUUCCAUAGCAGCUGAUGUUGCUGGGAAUCUAGUCUGUAAUCUUGAGGAUGUGGAGAGAGCCAUCAGUGAUAAUAAGCAAAAUGAAAAUGUGGUUCAGCCAGAAAUAUUUGACUUGGAUCACCAUUAUCCAUCUUCUGAGAACAACUCCCUGACAGUAAUUUUAUAUGGUGAAUUGGGCACAACUGAUUUUAAGAAGUUUCAUGAAGUAUUGAAAAGAUAUGCCCUCAGUGGAGAAAUUGAUUAUGUUGUGAGGCACUUCGUGAAAGAUCGACCAGAAAGGAAAGUACGCCUUUCAGGUUAUGGUGUAGAAUUACAAAUAAAGUCAACAGAAUACAAGGCUCAGGAUGAUACAAAAGUGAGAGGAGACUCUAGUGAUAGUGGAGAACAAGAAGAUGAAGAGGAAGAAAUAGAAGGCUUCAACAUAAGCAAGCUAAAGAAUCUUUACCCAGACAUGAAGGAGAAUCUUGAAAAAUUCAGGCAACACCUUGUAGAAUCGAGCAGUGAGUUAGCACCACUGAAAGUAUGGCAAGUACAGGAGCUUAGUCUACAGGCUGCUGAGAGAAUAAUGGCUGCACCCCGUGAAGAAGCUCUCAAAGUUCUUACACAUACUGCUCAGAAUUUCCCUUUACAGGCACGCUCUCUAGUAAGGACUAUUGUAAGAGAUGAAUUGAAACAAGAAAUCAAAGAAAAUCAGGAUAUUUUUGCCUCUUCUUUAAACCUCCAGCCAUCAGACACAGCCCUGUUCUUAAAUGGAAUGUUCUUUGAUCUUGACAUUGUUGAUGUUAUAUCACUCUUGGAGGUGGUUAGGCAAGAACUGAGAGUUAUGGAAGGUUUGCACAAAAUAGGUGUACCUGCCACGCAGAUGGGUUCUUUGUUAGGCCUUGACUUCUCUCGUACCUCUUCAAGUCCAGAAUUUGCCAUUGAUAUUAGAGACUCAGCAGUUACCUGGGUAAAUGAUAUUGAGCAAGACAAACAGUAUCGUAGAUGGUCUGACACAUUGAUGGAAUUACUCCGUCCCACAUUCCCAGGCAUGCUGAGGAGUGUGCGUCGCAACUUAUACCAUUUGGUUAUCAUAACAGAUCCAGCCAAGCGUGAAGCACAGCCUCUGCUAAAAUUGGCGGAAUCAUUUUACUUGCACCCAGCUCCACUGCGAAUUGGUUUGGUGUUUGCUGUUAAUCCAGAUUCAAAAGUAACAGGUCUAGAAGAUGCUGGAGUUGCUCUCCUCAAUGCCUUCAAUUACAUGAUGGAAACAAAGGAUGCCUACCAUGGUCUUGCCUUUAUCACUGAUGUAUAUGCAGCAGUAAAAGAAGAUCGAGAUGUAACAGUUGAGGAUGUUGUGAAAGCGCUAAGUGCAAAGGUUUCCUCUACUGAAGUGGACGAAAUACUGGGGGAAGAUACUGCAUAUGACACAGGCCGGAAACUUGCAAAAGAUUUUGUCACUAGGUCUGGUUUCAGAACUCUUCCACAGGUUCUCAUGAAUGGAAUACCACUGCCUGAAAAAGUAUUAAACUCGAAUGACUUUGAUGAAGCUGUUCUUAAUGAAAUAAUGAGUCAGUCAGCAAUUUUUCAGAAAGCAGUGUACAAGGGUGAGCUCACAGAUGCUGACAAUACUUUGGAUUUUAUCAUGAACCAACCUCAUGUUAUGCCCAGGUUGAAUGAGCGAGUGCUAGGUCAAGAUUCUAAAAGCUAUUUGGACAUGAUGGGGACAGCUCGAUCUGUAGAUUCCUUUGAAACACUCUCUCCACGUGAUAAAACGGCUACACUUCUGUCUUCUGGUUUACUUCGGUACUUCAGUCACAAGCAAAUGGAUCGAGGCAAAGCUCUGCACAUCCUUUCAUACUGGGUUGUUGUGGAUCUCCAGACAGCCAAAGGCAGGCAACUGCUAUUAUCUGCGUUGGAACAAAUGCAAUCGAGUGGAAAUAUCCGUGUUGGUCUCCUAUUAAACCCAGAAACUGAUGCCACUGAACAGCAUUUGAACAUGUUAGCUAUGACUGCUCUGCGAGUACUGAAACCUCCACAAGCAACAAAGCUAAUGUCUUCAAUACUUACUGAUGAACAAUCAGCACAAGCCAUUGCUGCUGGUCAGAAGGACAUAAGUGAUAUAAAUGUAGCAGGAAUUGAUGUGCCUGAACUGGUAGCAACUAUGAAGAAAGAUAGAGCCAUUUAUCAGAGAGAGCUAGCUCUCCACAAUGAUUUCUGCAAGACUGUACUGAAGAUUUCAAGUGGUGCUAGAGCAGUUAUAGCAAAUGGCCAAAUGGUUGGUCCAUUUGAAACAGAUGAGGACUUUAUAUCAGAUGAUUUCUCUCUGUUAGAAAGAUACAGCAUGAACAGCUAUGGUGAAAAAAUUAUGGAAGUCUUGAAGGAAAAUGUUCUCACUGAAGAGGAAGAUCUUAUUGAGAAUAGUGAUGUGCUGAUGCAAGCUGUUGGCUUGCUGGUAUCAAGACAACAAACAAGAAGUCGAUUUGACAUACCUGUCAAGAGAGAACUCUAUAGUGUUCUGAAACUACCUCCUCGUUCUGCAUCUGAACCAGUCUUUGAAAUUGCUGUGGUUGUUGAUCCAGUGUCUCGCGGAGCCCAAAAAGUGGGCCCAAUCCUCUCCAUCCUCUAUGAAGUCCUGAACUGCAAUAUUAAGGUGUACCUUAAUUGUGUUGAGAAGAACAGUGAUAUGCCACUCAAAAGUUUUUAUCGAUUUGUGUUGGAACCAGAAAUUCAGUUUGGUCCAGAUGGUCAGAUGUCUGCUGGCCCGAUAGCUCGUUUCAACAACAUGCCAACUAGUGUUCUUCUAACUCAGAACAUGCACGUACCAGAAAACUGGUUGGUUGAGGUGGUGCGCAGUCCAUAUGAUCUUGAUAAUAUUCGUCUGGAUGAUGUUGGAAGUGGUGUGCACAGUGAAUUUGAACUGGAAUAUCUGCUACUGGAGGGCCAUUGUUUUGAUGCCAUUUUGGGGAACCCACCAAGGGGUCUGCAGAUUACGUUGGGCACAGAGACACAACCUGUAGCUGUGGAUACAAUAGUUAUGGCUAACUUGGGCUAUUUUCAAUUGAAAGCUAACCCUGGAGCGUGGAUUCUGAGACUCCGUCAAGGUCGCUCAGCAGAUAUAUUCGACAUAGUAAGUCAUGAGGGAACAGAUACUCCUGCUGAUUCUGAGGACAUAAAAGUCUUAAUUAGCUCAUUCCGUAGUCAUGUCAUCAAAUUAAAAGUUUCGAAGAAACCAGGAAAACAGCACAUGGACUUGCUCGCUGAAGAUGAUCAGAAUUCUGGAAUAUGGAAUUCAAUAACAAGCACAUUUGGAUCGAAGUCUGAUGAUGAGGUAGAAGAUAAAUUGAAUAUUUUUUCUUUGGCGUCAGGACACUUAUAUGAACGCUUCUUACGCAUUAUGAUGCUAAGUGUCCUGAAGCAUACGAAAACACCAGUCAAAUUCUGGUUUCUGAAAAAUUAUCUCUCGCCAACAUUUAAGGAUUUCCUUCCUCACAUGGCACGUGAAUAUGGAUUUGAAUAUGAAUUGGUACAAUACAAAUGGCCAAGGUGGUUACAUCAACAAACGGAGAAACAGCGCAUCAUUUGGGGCUAUAAAAUUCUCUUUCUUGAUGUACUCUUCCCACUGGAUGUAAAGAAGAUUAUAUUUGUGGAUGCUGAUCAGGUUGUUCGAGCAGAUAUGCGUGAGCUACAACAACUUGAUCUUGGAGGAGCUCCAUAUGGCUAUACACCAUUUUGUGAGAGUAGACGUGAAAUGGAUGGUUUCAGAUUCUGGAAACAGGGCUAUUGGCGUAACCACUUGCAAGGGCGCCGGUAUCAUAUUAGUGCACUCUAUGUUGUAGAUCUGCGUAGAUUCCGUCGAAUAGCAGCUGGUGAUCGGCUCAGGGGUCAGUAUCAGGCUCUUAGCCAAGAUCCCAACUCCCUCUCUAACCUGGAUCAGGAUCUACCAAAUAAUAUGAUCCAUCAGGUUGCCAUAAAAUCUUUGCCUCAGGAAUGGCUGUGGUGUGAAACUUGGUGUGAUGAUGACUCCAAGAAAUAUGCUAAAACAAUUGAUCUAUGUAACAACCCACUGACAAAGGAAGCAAAAUUGACUGCAGCCAAUAGAAUCAUUUCAGAAUGGAAAGAGUACGAUGAAGAAAUUAAAAAACUCCAAAAGAAGAUUGAUGAAACACACACAGAAGAGGGUAUCAACAUUGAAGGUGUUCGAAUAGAGCCAAAUCUACACAGUGUACAUUCUGAAUUAUGACAGUUCCUGUUGGUGGUUAGUGUGUUAUAUGUUUUCUGUGACUGUAAGAUUGUUGUUAUAUGAAUGAGUGUCCUCUAUUCUCAGCUCUUCAGGUAAUUUAAUCUGUAAAUAAAUGAAACAAAAACAGUAUUUUUAGCAACUGGUGCAAGAAGUCUUUGAUCUCUGGUAUUAAGCGCAAAUCAAAGAAAGCUCUUUCUGUGUGCUGUUGGAUGUCUUAAACAUUAUUUGUAUGAAAUGUGAAUACUUGCAAACAGUGUGGUAGGUAUGUUUUAAGGGACUUGAGAGGAAAAACCGCAGACAUAACUAUAGGACAUGAUUAAUAAAGAGUAGCAUCAUUAGGGAACAAAACUUUUUGCUGCACAUAACCAGUCCGAUACAGGUUUUCAUAGUCCUUCUUCCAGCAGUUUGCUUGACCUUGUAGAUUUUGAAAUUGAGACUGUGGCAGCAUUUUUCACUUGUUUUUUUGUGCAGCUUGAAGACUAAAAAAAUGUGUGUCUAUACACUCUUAAUUUACAUGUAACCUUAAUUACAUCAAAGACAAUUUGGAGAAAAAGUUUUUCAUCAGUUGUCAAACUUCGAUAUGGUUUUCUGUUUCUUGCCAAGUAAGUAGGCCUUUAGUGUAAACUGAAGCCUCAGCCACAUGUGGACAGAUGGUGGGCUGCUUAUAAAACAAAAUUUGGUUUGUAUCUGUUUAUUUUCUAUCUUUAUAUUAUUCUGACAUGUAAAUUCAGUGUUACAAUUUAUUUGAAGGAGGUUCAAUGCCUUUCUACUUUAAAAAACUGAAUGUCAGUUGGUUGUGUCUGUAUAUUUCUUAUCACAAUCAGAUCAACAUUAAGACACAAAUCACUCUUUCAGUCUUAGUUGAAAAGAUAAUAGGUGUAUUAUACAAGAGGACUUCAAAAAGUAAGUUACACAAAAUUACAGCAAGCCAAGUAAAUUUUAUUGUAUACUACACUACAUGUCCAAGUGACACAGGUGCAUGACACUAUUUUGCGACACAGUCACCAAGUCCAUGUUUACAGUUGUUGGAACAUUCUGCCAACAGUUCAGUCAUUGUCAUCAUUUUCAUCUUCAUUUGUAAGCCGAACUAUGUUUUCUGUGAUGUCCUAUUUCUUUCUAUUUCCUUUAGUUCUCGAUGUGACUUUCCUUCAUUCUCAUCUAUCAGCAUGCCCUCUCUUUCUGACUCUGUUUCUUUUUCCUUUAACAGUAAUUUUCUACAAAGAGUUUUUCUCAAUGUUGCGUCCAUCCCAGUUUGCGUUCCUCUUUAUAAUGUGCUUAAGGAGGGCUCUCGUUUGCUUCACCCAACUACCUCAAUCUUUGUUUGGUCAACAGGUUUAAUUCUCUUUUCUGUAGUGUGCAGCCAAAUUAAAAAAAAAAAAUCAAAGUUUCUCUCUUUCUUCCUGAUUCCACAAGUUUUUGAAUCAUCUGUAAUUCCACUUCAAAUAAUUUCUCCAGACAACUUCCAUAUCUAUCUAAGUAAAUGCAAGCAUUAACUUCCUCAAGUUUCUUUUCCUAUUAUAUUUCAUUUGUAGAGCAGUAUUUGUUUUUUCACUACCCUUGUCGUGAAAAUGUUGAUAUUUAUUCUAAUUUUUUUUCUCUAUUUUAUUAUUGCAUCCACCAGUUGAUAUUUAUUCUAAUUUUUUUUUCUCUAUUUUCUUAUUGCAUCCACCAGUUUUUGAGUAUAGUCUCUUUAUGCUAGGACCACUCGAUCAUCUGCACAUUUAACAAAGUUCAUCCACCCACUUCAUACUUUUUUGUUCUGCCUAUAUUAUUCAAGGUUUCAUCCAAAAGUGUCACCAUAUGUAUAACCCGGGGCUGGUAGUAUUUUUAGUAACAGCCUUGCUCUCAUCUGCAAUAAUGGCUAUCUUCACAAUUUUCUCAUCUGAAUGUUCCUGUUGAUACAGUGAAUGAUUAUUUUAUCCAUUUCUUGCACGUGCACUCCCAACAUUAGUCUCAUUCUGCACCAAAUUAGACUACAAAAAGUAUCUGAACAUGUAGCAUUUCUUCUUUUUGUUGGUAAGAAGAAAACUGAUGAUGAUAGAAGAUCCAGCAGCAGUCAGAUGAUUCCAGAAAAUCAAUGUAGAGGAAAAAGAACAAAGAUUACAGUUAAAGAAGUGGCUAUAUGCUCUCAACUCCAAUGUUAAUGAAAUGGAAUAUUGUACAGUGCUUAAGAUAUAGACAUCCAGUUCCAAAGCUUUUGUCUUUGAGACACAGUGCGUUCGAGCAUUAGUGACACCCAACUGAGUUCACAAUGGGGUGCUGGAGGUGUGACCAAUGGUAGUUUUGAAGGUGAUGAGAAAUGAACAGACUUCUGUUGUGCCACAGAAGUGGGCUGUCAUUUUCCGUAAUACAUCAAUAUUUGACAAUGGAGUAUAAUAUGCAAUAGUUUAAACAAAAAAUGGGUAAAGUUGCACAAGACAGAUUUUGCACCCAUCCAUGUGAGAGUGGAACAGUGAAUAAAUUGCAAAACAUUGGUUUUAGAUGCAAAAUGUGCAUCUGUGUUAUGGACUUGCCUUAUUUAAUGAUUUUUAUUUGCAUAAAUGCAGAAAAAACUAAUAAUAGAUCUGUUCAUACUCUGUGUCACAGUGAAUUCAGUUAACAUUGGCAAUCUUCUAUGUGUGAACAAAAUACAUAUGUGUUUAUUUAAUUUACAAUAUUCUCCAAAAUUAUUGUUAAAUCUUGUUGCUUAUAUUUUUAAUACAGCACUCUGGGUGUUCAGUGAUUUCAAGGGUAGAUAUGUCUCCUCCUUUUUCUCUUUGUUUGCUAUUUAUGUAUUUAAAUCUGUUGCAAUAUUGUUAAGUUUCUCAGAUGGAGAAUACUACUACUUUUAUGGUCCUAAAUAUUCUAAAUGUAUUGUAGUUUAAUGCAGUGUUAAAUCUGUAGUGAAUUUAUGGAAAAUCAAAGGAAUGUGCACUGAAAUUUAUAGAGAACAACUGUGGUUUUAUGUCCACCAUUUGUGAUGUUAAGACUGUGCUUAUAGUGAGUGUAUGAGAGGCAUUGGAAAGGAGUUUUUGCCCCAUGUACCUGAAGAUUUUGAUUUGUGCAUCAUAUAGUAAGGAUGUGAAAUUGUUGUGAAAGUGAUUUCUUCUGCAUUGGAAUGAAAACAUUGUAACAGUUUGGUGAUAUUGUAGUAAGAAAUUAGCUACUCAUUUGUGGAUGAAUCAUGAUUGCAUGUAUCAAAACACUUGUGGAUGAAGCUAUUUUUGACUUUUGAAUAAAUUUUUAAUUAUUUUUGGUAGUAA